ACCAAACAGAGACGUACCAGAGUACACCUGUGUCGCAUUGAAACGGGUCCGGGUUGAUAAGUGGGUGAAAGGUCCAGCAGUCAGUAGUGACAGGCGGAGCAGCACACUAACACACCUCAGAGACUCACCGUCGACCAGUCAAAAUGUCCAAAGAGCCGCAGCAGAUCAGUCCCAUGAAGAACUUCUUCGCAGGAGGUUUCGGAGGCGUCUGCCUCGUCUUCACAGGACAUCCACUCGACACCAUCAAGGUGCGUUUACAGACUCAGCCAAAACCCAAACCUGGAGAGAGCCUCAUGUAUGCUGGAACCAUUGAUUGUCUUAAAAAGACCUUAGCCAAAGAGGGUGUGAAAGGACUCUAUAAAGGUAUGACGGCCCCGAUCAUCGGAGUCACGCCCAUGUUUGCUGUCUGUUUCUUUGGGUUUGGACUGGGCAAGAAACUGCAACAGAAAACCCCUGAUGAUAUCCUGACGUAUCCACAGCUGUUUGCUGCGGGAAUGUUAUCCGGCGUGUUCACCACCGCCAUCAUGGCUCCCGGAGAGCGCAUCAAAUGCCUCCUACAGAUCCAGGCUUCAACAGGAGAGGUGAAGUAUGCGGGACCCAUGGACUGUGUCAAACAGCUGUACAGACAGUCUGGGAUCAGAGGGAUCUACAAAGGCACCGCUCUGACUCUCAUGAGAGAUGUUCCAGCAAGCGGGAUGUACUUCACGUCCUACGAGUGGUUGAAGAACCUCCUCACACCAGCAGGAAAAAGCCAUAAUGAGCUCAGCGUUCCCAGUAUUCUGUUUGCUGGGGGGAUGGCUGGCAUCUUUAACUGGGCGGUCGCAAUUCCAGCCGACGUAGUCAAGUCUCGCUUCCAAACAGCUCCUGAAGGAAAAUAUCCCAACGGUUUCCGGGACGUUCUGCGGGAGCUGUUCCGAGAGGAGGGCGUGCGUUCUCUGUAUAAAGGCUUCAACGCUGUCAUGCUCAGAGCUUUCCCUGCAAACGCAGCUUGUUUCUUAGGAUUUGAAUUCGCAAUGAAGUUCCUGAACUGGGCAGCUCCGAACCUGUGAUGAAGACUCGGCAUCGCCUCGUAUGUCAAUCCCAGGAACAGAACUGUUUAUUAUUAGCGGCACACACACACACAUACAGACACACACACACACACACACACACACACACACACACACACACAGACACACUGAAUCACAAAGAGAUUUUAACAGUUUUCCAAUAAUAUGCUUGAUUAUCUUUGAAUCCUCAUGGUGCUGUGUAGAGCAUGUGGAUCAUUCAGACCUGCGGAGGGUUCAGACCAGAGAUGUUGGGAUGACUCGGUACCAGUACACAAACACAAACACACACAGACACAAAGACUGUUGAAUGUUCUCACUCCUUUUUCUUUUACAUGUUUUCUUUUGUGUUAUUUUUUUAUAGAAGAAAAGGAGUGAAGUGAACAUGCCGUGCCUUACCUUUUGUUAUCUGCGAGCAGGGGUGCAUAUCAGGGAAAAGGUGCUUUAUGUUGUACUGUGUGUGUUCAGUCUCUCAGCAAUAGACCUGUUCAUCGCCAUUCUGUUGCUAGGGCAACAGCUUUGGUCCAAGAUCACUUCCUGUAAGCUACUGCAUUAAUAACCACUGCAACAGGAAAUACAAAGAGACCCAUUUAGGAUGUUUAUGUUGUCAAGUUUGAAAAAGUCCAAACACGCCUUUCAAACUGUCCUCUUCCCGUGAGGUCACCCUCCACGCCGUGACCACCGAUGCUCGCUACACUUUCUGUUUGUGUUAAUGUGAAACUAUGAGAGUAGUCAUAAUGAGAUUGAUUGAACAUUAUAUGAAUGUCCUCAUGUAGAGAAAUUAAAAAACAGAAUCCAUAUUUAGAAA